AUGUACGAAGGGAUUGACAACCUGAAAUCCCUUUACGACCGUGCCGGGAAGACUUUCUCCGGCGGUCCUUCUGCGGCACAGGAUGAGCCGCGUCGUACUGCUCAACCAGACCCAGUACGUCAAUCAUCAGUUGGUAGCGGGGCUCCCAAGUAUCCCAGGACGGGGGAAAACCGCGCCACCGGACGAGGUAACUCGUCCGAAGUCCGUUCACAUUGCAUUGGUUCAACAGCCGCUCAAUCAGAUAGCGCUGGCCACCGCGAGAGUCCUCCAAAGGAGGUGGUAAAGACGGGAAGACGCUCUUCAAGCUAUCGUGGGGAAGCGUGUAUCUCCGAGAGCUUCUUUGAUCGCGUAACUCUUGCGUUACGCGACGACCUCUAG